AACACACGGGGCAUGCAGGGAGCAGAUGUCUUGACGUGAGGGCCCCAGGAGUCCUGUGAAGAGAGAAAUUAAGUGCUACAUCACAGGAAUGAGGUUUUUUUGUGGGGGUCCUUGGAGGACCUGGGAUUUAGUAGUGUGCAUUCCCUGGGGCUUUAAGCAACUGCUGUACAGAUCAGUCGCUGGAACAGGAGGUUGGACUGGCUGGAGCUGAAUGAAGUUUGGAGGGGUCUGGUGGAACUCACUGCCACAAGAUGUGACACUGGCCACUAGCUUAGAUGGCUUUAAAGAGGGAUUUUAACAAAUUCAUGGUUUAUCAAUUACUUAGUCAUGAUGGCUGGGUGGAACCCCUGUGUUUAGAGGCAGUGUGCCAGUUGUGAAGGCGGGGGACAGUAGGGGAGGACUCUUGCCUUCAUUGACUUAUUUUGGGCUUCCUGGAGGCAUCUGGAAAUGUGGGAAACAGGAUGCUGCACUAAGCGGACCCACUUAGGUCUGAUCCUGUUGGGUAAUGCUUGCGUUCUUCUGAAAGGCGUCAGUCAUGGCAUCAAAGGGGAAAGUGCUGGUUGAUUGCCCUGUUAGGAAGGAAGGAAUGAGGCCCAUCCUGCUCUGUCCUGGGCUUUUGUGACUCUUCUGUUUGGCGGCUGCUUUUCCUGGGUCAGUUAAGGGUCUCCUCUGAACAACACCCCGCCCCUCACUUUACUUGCUGAUUUGAGGGUAUAUCACCUGGAGGCAUGAGGGGGCGUCUCCGGGAGAGUUCCCUGCUGCAAGGUGUAGCAUGAGGCGAGAGGCUGUCCUUGCCCCGGCCCCAGAGGAAGCACGAGGACCAGUGCCGUUGGCAGAGCUGUGCGACUGGGCACGCUGCUGUGCGGGAGCAGGGCCUGUCCUCGCCUGCUCAAGUGUGGCGGGGGGUGAUGGAGCCAUCCCAGCAGCCACGCUGCCCGACUCUGCCCUUGGGUGCACCGCACGCGCUCUCUGUAGCCAGGACCGUGGGGUCUCUCUCCAGCCUGGCCCACUGCUCAGCCGAGGCCUGGGCAGGAGGGAGCUACGCUUCUGGGCCAGGGCGAAUGGCAGGCAGGCAGGCAGGGGAUGGAAGGAGGGAGAGGAAGGGAAACGGGCACGGAAGUCUUGGAGUGGGCAGCAGGCAGCAUGACUCAAGCGAAUGGGUGGAGGGCGGGGGAAGGAAGGAAGGAAGGAUGCCGGGCAGCUGGGGUGGGAGGCAACCUGGGCCUGAGAGGGCAGGUUUGCAUGCAUGCAAUGGCUGGUAGUUCUUGUUUAGAUGUGACCUCCCCCUGCCGUGGACCCCCCUGUCACGCCACUGCAGCAGCACCGACAAGAGCAGCUCCCUCGGGAGCAUGGAAAGCCUGGACCGGAGCAGCCAGACCUACUACGAGGGCAGCCUCUCCCCCAUCGACCAUGCCAUGUACCACAGCAAGCGCGACUCGGCCUACAGCUCCUUCUCGGCCAGCUCCAACACCUCCGACUCGGCUGUGAGGCCCGAAGAGAGCGGCCCGGCCGAAGGGGGCCAGCUGGCGGAGCCCCGCUACUUGCAGACGGGCGGCGAAGCGGGCAGGCAGCCCCCGGACGCGGCGGUCUUGCCUCCCCCGGCCGGCCCGCUCAGCCCCGGCCCCGGGCCGGGCUCCUGCGCUCUGGAAAGCCCCUCCGAGAAGGCCUGCAGCCCUCCCCAGCCCCCCGUGAGGCAGGACAGCCUGCAAGCCUGCAGCCCACCCCCGGCCAGGCCGGAGGCACGGAGGGCCUUGCCGCUGGCGGACUCCCUGCACCCCAAGGGCCGGUGGACCUCGGACACUUCCCUGUGUGCGCGCAGCAGGGACCCCGGAGGGCCAGGCGGGCCCUCGGCCGACGCAGGCCGGGCCAAGGAGUCUCUGGCCACGGAGCAGUACUACCUGCUGAGCUCCCACAUGGACCCGCACCCACCCAUGGAGAAAGGCGAGCCGAGCGUGGAGCCCCUCUUGAGCGAGGAGAGCAAGGGGACCCCUCCGGAAGAGCCUCGCCCGUGCACGGACAGCAGCGAUUUGGAGGCGAGAAGCCGCCGGGUCUGCCCGUUGCCCUGGAAGCCGUGCUGGUCAGGGCCCUUGGGCCACCGGCACAGCGCCCCGGAACAAUUGCUGGCCGCCCAGCUGCAGGCCCUCCACGUGGCCCCUGGCCUGGAGGGGCCCCUCUGGACGGUCUCUCCACUGCACAAGGAGCAAGCAGGUGCCAGGGCCUUGGAGCCGUGGCAGGAUCGGGACCGCCCCUGCCGGAGCACCUCUGCUCAGGCCCGAGAGCUGGAUCCUGGCCCCGCAGGAGAGGAAGGGCCCCGUCCACCCCUCGGCGGCCCCAUCGCCCUGGGGAGACCCCGGAGCGCCUCGGUCGAGUUGGGCUCCUCGCUCUCGCUGCAGCCUCCGGGAGAUGCUGGCUCCGGCCUCCAGGAACCCCCCAGGACGGGCCCCUCGCCAGAUGUGGAAGGGAGCCGGCCGGCCACGAGGAAGGGGGGCUUGCCUCAGCACCGCUCCGCCCAGAUGCGCCGGCGCAGCGACCGCUUUGCCACCAACCUGCGGAACGAGAUCCAGUGGCGCAAGGCCCAGCUGCAGAAGGGCAAGGGCUCUGCCAUGCUGCUGUGUGGGGAGGAGCCCGUGCAGGAGACAGAGGAGCCCCCCGACAGCCCCACUGCGCCUGCCGCCCUUCCUCCUCCUCCUCCUCCUCCCCUUCCUCCAUCAUCGGUGGAAAGCAAGCCCCACGGGUGGGCCUCCCCGAGAAGCCGGCCCCCCAAGCGCUGGGGCUCCGAGCUGAGUGUCUUGGGAGGAGGGGGCGCCCCGCCGGGCCCCAGCAAGGCCGCCCUGGAGCCCCAGAGGCCGCAGAGGGGGCUGCCCCUGCCGCCUGGUGGGGCAGGAGGGGGUGGGCGCUGGCGCUGGUCUCCGGAGCACAAGCUGCAGCCGCACGGCCCGAACCCCCAGCAGCAGCCGGCGGAGGCCCGGCCCCCCUCGCGGCCUCUGGAGGAAUCCGGCCUCUUGCCUUUUGCUGACCGGAGGAGGUUCUUUGAGGAGACGAGUCGGCCGCCGUCCCCCGUCCGCCUGAGCCCCCAACACAGCCGGCCCGGGGCUCUGCGGCCGCCCAGGGUGGCGGAGCACAACGCCUUCCAGCCGGUGAGCCCCGAGCGCCGGGACCCGCGGCGGCACUCCGUGGGCCAGCCCUGCAGCCCCCCAGCGUCCCCUCUGGCCGCCUACCCGGACUUCCAGGCCGAGGCCCCCGGCGGGUUCUACCAGCCGCUGGCCCGCCAUGGGGACUGGGAGUGUUGGCGGGCCCCGCCCUGCUCCUGCGCCCCCCGAGACGCCUGCGCCUUCUGCUGUGGGGAGCGGUGCCCCACGGUGCUCCGCAGGAACAUGCCGGCGCCCUCCAGCCACUGUGCCCACCACUGCCACCCUCGCCCUUGGGCCCGCUGCGGGGACUGCUGCUACCCAGCUCAGCACCAGCUCUUGGAGGAAGGCGGCGUCGGCGUUGGCGGUGUCCCCUGGCAAGGCAGGAAGGCCUCCCCGCCGGAACUUCCUGGGGAUGUGUGGGAGCCCCCUGCAAUAAGCCGGAAGAGCAGCCAGCUGCUGAGCGCACAUCACAAGGUGGGCUUUGCGAGGGUCGGCCCCUUCUGGCCGUGCUAUGAGAAGCCGGCGUGGGCCCCUUUAUACCGCGCUGCGUCCACCCACAACCUCUCUUGGGAGUGCGAACGGCCGGGAAGGACUGCGGAGAGCCCGGCCUACGAGGAGGGCAGUGGGGAGCCUUGCAAGCGCCCCCUGCGCGAAAGGGCCUACUCGGAAAGCCACCUCUGUGCGGAGCCUGCCGGCAUUCCCCGAAGGGAGAGGCGAGAGACCCCACUGGCCGAGGUCGAGGAGGCCGGGCCAGAGUUGCCGAGCGCAGCCAAGAAGAAGGGGCCGCCCCCUCCCCGGCCCCCGCCCCCCAACUGGGAGAAGUACCGCCCCCGCCGCGCUUCCCACCACCAGCUGCUCCCCUCCGAGGCCGGGCUGUCCACCCUCCCAGCCGGCUCCCGGGCCCCUGGCCAGAGCAGCGCGGAAGCAAUGCGGCAGCGGUCGCAGAGCUUGCCCCUGGAGCAGCUGUGGGGUGAGCCAGCCCAGCAGUCCGGCCACCAGCCGCGGGAUUCCUCCUCGCUCCUGGAGCAGGCCGGCCGCCACUACUACUGCCAGCGCUCACCGUGCAGGACCCCGGAGUGGCCGACGCCGGACUCGAGCGACAGGAGUGGGUCCUCCAGGCCAGCAAGUUCCCUGGAGGAGGAAGCCAAGCCAGAGCCAUCCUGGGAGAAGGACCAGCCCGGAGCCCCUGGCAGGACCUCGGAGCAGCCGCCGGCCCGCUCCUCCAGCCCGCCAGCCGCUGCGGAGUGCGGACCACCGGCGCCAAAGGGCCCCGAAGGAGGGAGCCGCCCGGCAGGCCCAGCCCCGCCCUCCCGCCUGAACUCGGAGGAGCUGAUGAGGGAUGUGGCGGGCAGGGACCGCUCCUUGGCCGGCGUGCUGAGCCCGGCCCUGGGCCCCGUGACGGCCGCCGAGGUGAUGGACCAGCUCUUCUCUCCCGGAGAGGGCCCCGAGUGGAAGGAGCAGCCCUGGCAGCCCCAGGCAGCUGGCAAGGGGCUCCCCGCAAGGGAGCAGACCCAGCCGGCCUCCCCGACUGCCGGGGGAGCCAUCAGCCCCACCUCCUGCUCGGCCUACUACAAUACGUCAGCCGGCAAGGCCGAACUGCUGAACCGGAUGAAGGAGCUGCCCGAGUCGGCUGGGGCCAGUUCAGAGGAGGAGGAGUUGGACCAGGAGCUGGCCCGGAAGAAGGUGCAACUGAUCGAGAGCAUCAGCCAGAAGCUGGUGGUGCUGCGGGAGGCGCAGCGAGGCCUGCAGGACGACAUGGGCGCUAACGUGGCGCUGGGCAAGGAAGUGGAGAACCACGUCAAGGGGGUUUGCAAGCCCCACGAGUUUGAGAAAUUCCGCCUCUUCAUUGGAGACCUGGACAAGGUGGUCAACCUGCUGCUGUCUCUCUCAGGGCGGCUGGCCCGGGUGGAGAAUGCCCUUGGGGGUCUGGACUCGGAUGCUCCGGAGGAGGAGAAGCUGGCCCUGCUGGAGAAGAAGCGGCAGUUGACGGUGCAGCUGGAGGACGCCAAGGAGCUGCAGGAGCACGUGGCCCGGCGAGAGCGCCUGGUCUUCGCCAGCGUGUCGCACUGCCUGCCCAGCGAGCAGCUGCAGGACUACCAGCACUUUGUGCGCAUGAAGUCGGCGCUGGCUAUCCAGCAGCGGCAGCUGGACGACAAGGUCAAGCUGGGCGAGGAGCAGCUGCGCUGCCUGCGGGAGAGUCUGCGCCGCCACCCCACAGACUGCUAGGCCAGGCGGCCUCUGCCCGGGGCUGGCGCCCUCCAUGGGCCAAGCCUUCCCUUUGGAGCGGGCCCAGCUUUGCACUUGCCGCCUGGUGCCUUCCUGCCCUCAGGGUCCUGAUGUCUUGCCCGAGACGGCAGCCUCCCCGUCUUCCCCCAGAUGGGCUCACCAAAGUGCUUCCCCCCCGCCCCCCAGGAUGCUCAGGACCGUGGUGCUGGGAUUCCUGGGGCCACGCUGGAAUGAUGGUGUAACCAAAGCUUUCUCUGCUUGUCAGAAGAUUUUUGUGGGGGGGGGAUCCUCUCCUCCAGAAGGGGGCUGGCUGUGCCCUCACUGGCAGGCAGCCUGCCUGCCCCCAGCAGAGGACCCCCCCCCCACUCAGGCAGUGGGCCCCUGUGCACCUUGUGUGGCUUGGGGCAUCCUGUUUCUCCCCCUCUUUUUAUUUAUUCUCCUCCCUUCGUUUCACAGUUGCUCCCCUCUUAACUUAAGUGAGGAAUUCUGCUGGCUGGUGGGGAUGGCGGAGGGGCAUCCUUCCACCUGCUGGCCUGGGCCUCGGUGGCAUCUCCUUGCCUGGCGGAAGCUUGCCUUACCUGCAGCAACCAGAGCGGACGCUGGGCCUUUCCCGGAUUGCCCCCGGGGAGCAAUUUCUCCCGAUCCAAGCAGGGAGGCUCUACAGAGUCCAACUAGGCGUAGAAACCACAGGGGUGCUGGUGGUGGGUCCGGGCGCUUCUCCCGUUCCCUCCUGGGAAGCCUCUUGCGGUAGCUUGCUCCAGCAUUGCCCUUCCCAGUGCAGGAACUGGGAAGGAGCCCCUCCCUCCCCCCCCCGCCUCUCUCUCUGGGGAGUGCUUCAGUUGCUUCAGCCCUGCCAUUACUCAUUUCCCACACUUCCAUGUAGGGGGAAAGUUUCAGAAUGGUGUGUAGUGCAUCCUCCUGGACACGUGGCAAAUGCACAUGGCUCACUUGCCUUGUGGAGGUGUUGGGGGGGGGCUGCAGUCCCAAGCGCCGUGGAGCACCUUCAAGCAGCCCUCCAGCUCACGGGCACUUCCAGCCCCAGAAACACAACCACGUCCCCAUCAGGCAGAGGCAGGACCCCUCUUGUGCCAGCCGUGGGCCUGGUCCUUGCCCCCUCCCACCUCCCACACACAGACCCACAAAAGGGAGAGUAGGGCUAGAGCCCACCCACAGUACUGGGAAGGCCCUGGCACUUGGGCCGGGGGCCCCCUUUUCCAAAAGGCUUGCUUACCCGUCCAGGCAGAAGCCAACGUGUCUGGGGUGGGGGUCUCUUGUCCGGAGGUCCAGCUGGAAGUGCAGCCCUGUCACUUGGGGGGCCCUGGGCUGGGCACAUGGUCUGCUAGCCUCUCCUUGGGGGAGGCAUUCUUCAGGAGGCCUGGCUGGCUGCUGUCUGUGUGCCACUGGGGACUGCCACUUGCUGAGCCCUCCCUUGCCUGGCGUGCCGCAGGCAACUCGGCCUGCACGGGCUGGCUACUCUUUCCCCCACAUAGAAGCCCGGAGGGUGGGUGGGGAGCGCCUGGGCUCAGUGUGGGGCCUCGGGAGUUAACGGCUGCUCGCUCUCUCCCCCCCAAUUCCCCCCCCCGCACGUGUGGCCAAAGGAAUGUGCUGGCACUCAGCCACCGAUAUUCUGGGCCCCGACAUCCUCUUCCUCCCCAUUGUGUUGGGAACAAUGUCGGAAGGCCGGGCUGUGUGUAACCCCCUCAAUGCUGGGUUGCCCUCAGCGGUUCCACACUCUCUCCUGCAAAGGGCUGGGAAUGGGGCUGCCCCUCGCGGGUGGCAGCAAGACAAGGGAGGAGAGGAGCCCUCGACUCCGUGCCCUCUGCUUCAGGGCUGCUCUCCCAGCCUGGCCUCUGAUGUCGGGGGGGGGGGGGGGGGCUUGAUGCUUCACCAGGGCAAGAGCCAACCCGUUCGGAUGAGUGGGGAGGGGAGGGGGGUGCCGUAGGAGGCACAGCUGCCUCUGCUUCCUGGAGCUGCGCUUGCUCCUCUCCCUCCUGUCCCGUGCUGCCUGCAGGCUGGCCAUUCAUCCGGUAGAGCUGCGUGGUUAACCUGGGCGGCGGAGCUGCGCCUUCUUUGGCGCACACCCCCCCCCCUUAACACACACUUGUUAAGAUGAGACACUCCUAGCCGGUGGAAAGAGCCGGUCUGGGGAGCCUCGACCACCCCACCACUGUGGCUUGAUGCAGCUCACGUCUCUCCCCCCACCCACCCAUUCGUCUCCCAACAUGGCAGUGAGCAUCCUCAGCUGUGCCUCUUGCCAUGUGCAGGUAGAGAGCCCUUGCUAACUCUGCACAUCGCAGUCAAAAUGGGCCCAAGACGCCUUUUGGGCACAUCCAGGCAGAAGCUCCCUCUUAUUGCAAGGCCUGCGUGAGGUCGGAGCAGAAGACAUUUGGGAACAACUUCCUGCUCUGUUGUAUGCGGGGGAGGCUCUGGGGGGGGGGCCACAUUCCUGGCGUCUGCAUGUGAUUGAGCAGACUCUCCAGGGGGAGCAGCCCUAUUGUUUUCCAGUGGCGGGCAUCCCAAAAUCCCCAGCCAGCUCUGUUUUGUUGCUUUUGCAAUAGGAUACUCCCUCCACAGCCUUCUGUUGCACGGCAGAAAUGCAGGCAGCCGGGCUUUUCUGCUCUCCACCCACACUUCCUACAUCCUUACUUGGCUUUCACCCCUUGGUUGAUGUCUUUUGACAGAGGUGUGGGUCUGGUGUCCACCGGUCCUGCAGGAAAGGUUGGAUCCAGCAUGACCUCCGAGUCGGUGGAGAACUUGCCUCCUGGCAGGGUUUCCUCAAACUUGGGUCCUCCGAUGUAGUUGCACUCCAACUCCCAUCUUCCCCAGCCACAAUGGCCUUUGAGCUGGGGGAGAUGGGAGCUGUAGUCCAUCACCAUCUGGGCCCCAGGUUUGGCCUUUUGUCUGUCUGUGGAACCCCCCACCCUCCCCAGGUAGAAUAAAAAAGGGGGAAUACGGAUAUGAUGACUAUGUAUAUUAAUAUAUUCGUGUCCGUAUAAAAAUGGGCAAGUCAGACUUUCUCUAGUCCAGGGGAUCUCUCAACCUGUGGCUGAACUACUGCUCCCAUUGGCUGCAGGCACAAUAAACUGUUACUCUCUAGAUCGCUGCUUGGGUUGUUGGAAAAUGCAGAUUUUCACAUUACAUGGGACUCUCUUCAUGACAUGGGAAGGAAGAGCUGGUUGCUGAAGAGUUCUGUUUAACGUGGAAGUGGGUGUAUUUGAAGUUCCCUACACAUAGAUGCACUCCGCCUGUGUUUGCAAGCCUGUCCACCGCUCCCUCCCCGCACAUCUUGCCACUCCAAGCUAUUGCCUACUGCCCAGGUCAGCCCCCAGGCCCCCCCCCCCAGUACAGACAUAGCCUUAAGUGCCGGCUCUGUAUGUUGCUAUGUUAUUAAAUGCUGUGUAGGGCUGGGUCUAAUUUUCUGCUUCCCACACACUAAAGAAAUCCGCGGUUGCUGCCCAGCACUGCUGCAGCCAGGGCUUCUCCCUUGCAUGGCCAAAGGUGCCUCUUGCCACACGGCUGUUGGCCGCUUGUGCCUUGGGAAGGGGGCAGAGUUGCACGCUGCAUUAAAAUGGUGCUAAAGUUGA